UUUUACGCAGAAUUACCUGUCUAUAAUUAUCUGUGGUUGUGACACCGAACUAUACCCUGAACGUCGCGUAAAUGGCGAAAUACAAUAUACGACGACACUAGGGCAAAGUGAGAUCUUUUCGUUCGGUGGUGUGGUUUGUCGGUCCGUUGGUCCGAUUAGACUUUCGUGUCGCUAACGGACCAAGCACGACGACACGGUUACGUUGUUUUUCGCAGUGGGAAAACGACACGUCUUUGGAAGGAUGGCGACCUGACCCCUUCCGAAUAAUGGAAUACUGUGCACAACGAUUGUCAGUUUAAAAUACGUUCAAUUGGUGCUAUUAAACUUACAAGAUGGCUGAUGUUGAUCCUGAAACUUUGUUAGAGUGGCUCAGUAUGGGCCAAGGAGAUGAGAGGGACAUGCAGUUAAUUGCCUUGGAGCAGUUAUGCAUGUUACUCCUCAUGUCUGAUAAUGUUGAUCGAUGCUUUGAAUGCUGUCCACCACGCACAUUUCUCCCUGCAUUAUGUAGAAUUUUUUUGGAUGAACUUGCACCGGAUAGUGUCUUAGAAGUGACUGCUCGAGCCAUCACGUAUUACUUGGACGUUUCUGCAGAAUGUACACGCAGAGUAGUAGCAAUGGAAGGUGCUGUGAAAGCAAUUUGCAGUCGCCUAUCCGGUGCUGGAUUAGGUUCCAGGACUAGUCGGGAUUUGGCUGAGCAGUGCAUAAAGGUAUUAGAACUGGUUUGCGCAAGGGAAGCUGGUGCUGUAUUUGAAGCUGGUGGCCUUCCAUGUGCCUUGUGCUUUAUUCGAGAGCAUGGAGCUCGUGUCCACCGAGACACCCUACAUUCUGCAAUGGCUGUAGUUACCCGUCUUUGCGGGAAAGUAGAACCGCAAGAUAAAUCAUUGCCGGAUUGCGUUGAAGCUUUAUCAACAUUACUUAGACACGAGGAUGCACAUGUUGCCGAUGGAGCGCUUCGAUGUUUCGCAUCACUUGCUGAUCGGUUUUCAAGGCGAAAUACAGACCCUGCUCCUUUAGCAUGUAAUGGAUUAGUUUCAGAACUUUUACAUAGGCUGUCGAAUGCAGCAGGACCUGGUACAUCAGUGGCAGCAACUUCCGGGAAUCCAAAGACACCUCCGCCCUCUAGCACAGCUUCAACAAUUCCAGUUCCAGAAGCAAAGUCAUGUGCUUCUGUAUCCACCAUAAUUAGCCUUUUAUCAACACUUUGCAGAGGAUCACCUUCUAUAACCCAUGAUCUUUUACGUUCUGAGCUACCAGAUGCAAUUGAGAAAGCCUUAAAAGGGGAUGAACGAUGUGCUCUUGAUUCUAUGAGAUUAGUCGAUUUAUUAUUAGUCCUGCUAUUCGAGGGAAGAUCAGCAUUAGGUCGCAACGCAACCGGUGGAUCGUCAGGCCCGUUGUUACCACGAUUGAGGCGUUUGGAUAGUGCUGGGGAGAAAUCUCAUAGGCAACUGAUAGAUUGUAUUCGAUCAAAAGAUACGGAUGCUUUAAUAGAGGCUAUAGAUUCCGGUGGCAUCGAAGUGAAUUUCAUGGAUGAUGUUGGCCAAACGUUGCUUAAUUGGGCAUCCGCAUUUGGGACUCAAGAAAUGGUUGAAUUUUUAUGCGACAGGGGGGCGGACGUUAAUAAAGGGCAAAGAUCCUCUAGUUUGCACUAUGCCGCGUGCUUCGGAAGACCUGCUAUCGCUAAAGUGUUACUUAAGCAUGGGGCAAAUCCAGAUUUAAGAGACGAAGACGGGAAAACGCCAUUAGACAAAGCCAGAGAACGAGUGGACGAGGGGCACAGGGAAGUGGCAGCUAUAUUGCAAUCUCCUGGGGAAUGGAUGUUACCAAACCAAGAGCACAGAAAACCAGAAACGGAAUCAGAAUUCACAGAACCGAAAGGUGAUCCUGAGAUGGCGCCAGUUUAUCUAAAACGAUUAUUACCGGUAUUUUGUGCAACGUUUCAGUCGUCUAUGUUACCCAGUGUUAGGAAAGCCAGUUUAAGUUUAAUUAGAAAGAUGGUGCAUUAUAUACAACCAGAUCUACUUGUUGAAACAUGUGGUUCUGAUAGUACAGGAGAUUGCGGCGCUAUGCUUGUAGAGGUGAUCGCCAAUGUACUAGAUAACGAGGAGCUUGAGUUAAAAACACCAUCACCACCACCUCCGCCUCUCAAGCCGUAUAUUGGCCCAAAAUUGCGUUGCCUCUCAUCGCGCAAGUCUUCCAGUCCCCUGAACUACAUUGUUGAUAAGACGGAGGACGAAGAUGGACACUUAGUGGUUUUGCAAAUGAUACAAGAUUUGAUGAUAAAAAGCAAAGAUGAGUUUCUAGAACAUUUCGCUCGUUUGGGAGUCUUUUCGAAAGUUGCUGCGCUAGCUGGGCCGAAAGAAAAUACACCUGAACCGGAAGCGGAAUCAAAUCAAUCCGGGGAAGAGCAGAGAAUGGAAGAUGCAAGAGAACUUUUAGUCGGGAGAGCUUAUCAUUGGAGAGAUUGGUGUAUCUGCAGAGGACGUGAUUGUUUGUACGUCUGGUCUGAUGCAGCUGCCUUAGAAUUAUCAAACGGAAGCAAUGGAUGGUUUCGGUUUAUACUUGAUGGGAAACUGGCAACAAUGUAUUCCAGUGGAAGCCCCGAAGGAGGAACAGAUACGUCAGGAAAAGGGAGGAACACUGAGUCGCUUACCACCGAAGAGAACCGUGGCGAAUUCUUGGAGAAAUUGCAAAGAGCUCGUAGUCAAGUGAAACCAAAUUCUGUGAGUCAGCCUGUUCUGUCGCGUCCUGGUACAACCCGGCUGAUCGUGGGGAAUUGGGCAUUAUCCAGUAGAAGAGAAAGCGUACUGGGCAUACAUAACAGCGACAGUUUGCAGGUAACCAUUUUAAGAGAGGAUUUGCCAGGAUUUAUUUUUGAGUCAAAUCGGGGUACAAAGCAUUCCUUCACGGCAGAAACAAGCUUAGGCCCAGAAUUUUCAGCUGGCUGGGCAGGCAAAAGAGGAAAGAGAUUGAGAUCCAAGAUAGAAGCCAUUAAACAAAAAGUUAAAAUGCAAGCUCAGGACAUUUAUGAGCGAUAUUUCAAAGCUGCCCAGGCUCAGCCGCGCGGAGUGGUUGCUAAGUUGGGAGCCAUUGUCAAUCAGAUAGAAAAGGCUUGUCAGAAGCAACAGUCUGGGAACCGAGAAUGGCGUAACAUAUUGCAAAGUGCGCUAGAGGAACUGAAACUUUUAUUAAACGAAGAGGGGAAAGUCUCCGCGUACGAGCUGCAUUCUAGUGGCUUAGUUCAAGCGUUACUCGUUCUAUUAGCAGCUCCGCCGGGGCCGCAGCCGCCGACAUUAAGAGCGACCAAGCUCAGAAUGCAACGAAUAGCAGUAUUUAAAAGUUGCUUCCACGCAGCGGAUGUGAAUAAGGAGCAUAACUCGGCUAAGAUUCUAGUUCAUAAAUUAGUUUCGGUCUUAGAGUCCAUCGAGAAAUUACCGGUCUACUUGUACGAUACACCAGGCUCUGGCUAUGGCUUGCAGAUUCUGACCAGAAGACUGCGCUUCCGGUUGGAAAAAGCGGCCGGAGAAAGCUCCCUGAUAGACAGGUCUGGUCGCAGCUUAAAAAUGGAGCCGUUGAGUACCAUACAACAAUUAGAGAAUCAUUUACUAAGGAUGGUAGCUAAACAGUGGUACGAUCACGAUAGAUCCACAUUUACAUUUGUAAAGAAACUGAAGGAGGGUAAUAAAAUUACAUUUAAAUAUCAAUACGACUUCGAUGAGAAUGGCUUGCUGUACUGGAUCGGUACGAAUGCGAAAACUUGUUCCGAAUGGGUGAACCCCGGUCAGUACGGCUUGGUCGUCGUCACGUCCAGCGACGGAAGAAACUUGCCUUACGGCCACCUCGAAGACAUUCUGAGCCGCGAUCCGUCCGCGUUAAAUUGUCACACGAACGACGAUAAGCGUGCCUGGUUUUCCAUUGACUUAGGAGUCUGGAUCAUCCCAAGUGCUUACACACUGAGACACGCGAAAGGCUACGGUAGAAGCGCUCUGCGAAACUGGCUGUUCCAGGCCUCUAAAGACGGUGUAACUUGGACGAAUCUUUACGCUCACGUUGACGACACGUCGUUGAAUGAUCCUGGCAACACAGCCACUUGGCAGUUAGAACUGCCGACGGAUGAGACCCAAGGCUGGCGUCAUCUGCGGUUGCAACAAAUUGGAAAGAACUCCUCCGGGCAAACGCAUUAUUUGUCCGUGUCUGGAUUCGAAGUUUAUGGUGAAGUUACCGGGGUAUGUGAAGACUUGGGUCGCGCUGCUAGGGAGGCUGAAGCCGGAAUCCGAAGACUGAGAAGAUUUAUCAAAUCCCAAGUACUGCGUCACUUAGUCGCGGGUGCUAGAGUCGCUAGAGGCUUGGAUUGGAAGUGGAGGGAGCAGGAUGGCGUACCGCAAGGUGAAGGUACUGUAACAGGAGAAUUGCAUAAUGGUUGGAUAGACGUAACGUGGGAUCACGGCGGUUCCAAUUCGUACAGAAUGGGCGCAGAAGGAAAAUAUGAUUUAAGACUUGUCGGUGCAGGUUUCGAUACAGAUAACGGGGCGAAAGGCAAGACUGGUGCUGGCGUGUUAACGGGACGAAAAUCUAGCAGUACUCCCAGUUUACCGGAUUGCACUGACACUGUGAUGCGGGGCUCGGUGGCGUCUACGGAUCAGGCUGCGAGCGCGGAUAAUCUGGCAGCUAAGGAGUCCGCUGAAUCGAUAGCAGAGAGUGUGUUGUCGGUUGCUCGUGCUGAAGCGGUUGUCGCUGUAACCGGCGAAGGUGGAGCGAACUCGACAAGCGAAUUGUCCGUUGUGUUACAUCCGAGGCCUGACACUACUGUGACAAGUGAUCUGGCAACAAUCGUUGAGAGUCUUGCGCUUAACACUGACUGUUCCACCAACAGUAACAGCAAUCGUGCAUCUAGUAGUUCGAAACCAUUGCUUACCACUGUGCGAGGGAACAAGCCAGUGACAAGCUUACUCGAAGCUGCUGAAGCACUGGACCGUGUCAGAGAAGGAGCUGACAGGCUACGCAAUAAUACUAAUAGCUUUUUAAGUGGAGAGUUACUUAGUUUAGUGCCCGUUAGAAUUAGCGUGUCAGGCGAGUCGGAGGAGAAUUCGUUGAGGAUAAAACCUGUUCAAAGACAUCACUUCGCGGUUGCAGAUGCUACCAAAGAAUGCAGUCGGGACAAAGAAGCUAGCUCAUCUACGCAAAACACAACUGGAGGAUGUCCUGUUGUCGUGACCAAUCCCAUGUCCGUGUCUGUCCCCAACCUCGCUUGUUCAGACGCUAGCAAUACUUUGGAACCAACUACUGCUACUGGUUUAUUGGGUACUUUUAACGCAAUGACUCGGAGGCGUACAUUUGGACCUACAGGCGGACCACAUAUUGCUUCUAAUUCCAAUACUGGUUCAAAUUCCCGCGGACCUAAUUCUGUGUCAAGCUUAGUUCGUCUUGCCUUGAAUCCCAAUUUCCCCGGUGGUUUGUUAAGUACCGCGCAAAGCUAUCCGAGUUUGACCAGUAGCGGCCAAGUGGCAGGCAGCGGUGUCACGACGACGACAGGGGCCGGCUUAGGACAAGCGCUCACAAUGUCACUGACCAGUACGAGCAGCGACAGUGAACAGUUAUUGCUACAGGUGAGUCUCGAGGACUUCCUGGAGUCGUGCGGAGGAGUUGCAAGUUCUAGCGCCAGUGGAGCGAGGAUAAUUAACAGACCAACUCUGGUGACAGAAUUGGAGGACGACGAGGACGUCGCUCUCGAGGAAGAAGAGGAUAACGAUGAUCAUGAUCAAGAGGAGGAUGAUGAAGAGAACGAAGAGGAAGGUGACGUCUGUGAAGGAGAUUACGAAGAAGUAAUGGUACACCGCAAUUUAUUAGCAACAUUUAUGGAAGAAGAAGCUUCUCAGAGUAGCAAGAGUCGCGCUUGGGACGACGAGUUCGUCUUGAAGCGUCAAUUCUCAGCCUUGAUUCCUGCUUUCGAUCCUCGACCCGGUCGAACAAAUGUUAAUCAAACAACAGACUUAGAAGUUCCACCACCUGGCAGCGAAACUCAGUCCAGUGCUCGCGUAGGCUCGUUGCCAAUGCCUAGGCUUUCCUUAACGUUGAAGGGUCCGGGUCUUCCGGGUGUGCCAGAUGUUGAACUGCCACUUAUAGAACCCCAUGCCACUAUCUUCCAAGCGGUGCAGGAGCUAAUGCAGUUAACCGAAUUAGGAAGUCGACAGGAGAAGCUGAAAAGAAUAUGGGAACCAAAUUAUACAAUAAUAUACAAAGAAUCCAGGGACGAAGAGUCAUCGGGAAGAGCAACGCCAAUCGUGACACUGUACUCCCGCAACGCUACCCAGAAUUCAUCGGUGUGCACCGUGGAAGACGUUCUGCAACUUCUAAGGCACGUUUACGUAUUGAGCACGACUCGCGACGACGGUAAACACAUAGAGAGCGAAGAGUCCGAAGAGUCGACGUGUUACGUUCACCCCGAUGACUUCACCUCGAAGAAAAUUACGAACAAGAUAGUCCAACAGAUACAAGACCCGUUGGCCUUAGCUGCCGGAGCAUUGCCGAACUGGUGCGAAGAGCUCGCUAGAAGUUGUCCAUUUUUGCUACCUUUCGAGACCAGGCGACUGUACUUCAGUUGCACCGCUUUUGGGGCGUCACGGUCGAUCGUGUGGCUUCAGACGCAGAGGGAUGCCGUUCUAGAAAGACAAAGAGCGCCUGGGCUGAGUCCCCGACGCGAUGAUAGCAAUGAGUUUCGCGUAGGCAGGCUUAAACACGAAAGAGUCAGUGUACCUAGGGGAGAGAAAUUAUUAGACUGGGCAGAACAAGUACUAAAGGUACACGCAAGUCGGAAGAGCAUACUAGAAGUAGAAUUCGUUGGCGAAGAGGGAACCGGUCUCGGACCGACAUUAGAAUUUUUCGCAUUGGUCGCCGCAGAACUGCAGCGCAAAGACUUAGGUCUGUGGUUGUGCGACGACGAGGAAACUCCCGAGACGGAACAGACCAGAGUUUCCGGUGACCAGGUCCGACCCGCAGGGUAUUACGUGACACGACCGAGCGGACUGUUCCCUGCCCCUCUGCCGCAGGACUCCGCCGCUUGUGAUCGUGCCGUUCGAUACUUUUGGUUCUUGGGUGUGUUCCUGGCGAAAGUUUUGCAGGAUAAUAGAUUGGUAGAUUUACCGUUGUCCCGUCCUUUCUUAAAGUUAAUGUGUCACGGAGACAUUACGAACAACGUGAACGAAAAGAUCGGCCUGUCCGGUGUUACUCAAGAGAGCAUGUCGUCCAGCAUGUCGAGUAGUUUUAUAUCGGAGGAGGGCGAAGCGGACGCUGCGUACUCUUCGUUCGUGCCCUCCCCUUGGUACGCCGGUCUACUGGACAUAGAGGAUCUCGUACUCGUAGACCCAGUGAGAGGCGACUUCCUCAAAGAGAUACAGACAGCCACCGCUAAGCGCGACAGAACUUUCUCGGACGGUCGCAGUUCCGCGGACGAAGAGACGUCUCUGAACAUCACUCAUCCGUCUGGCAUGUCUGUGCCCAUCGAAGAUCUGGCUUUAACCAUGACUUACUCUCCUAGUUCUAAAGUUUUCGGACACGAUCAGGUCGAAUUAGUUGACGGCGGUGCCGAGGUUACAAUCACUAUGGAUAACGCAAGGGAAUAUGCGGACUUGACGAAUAACUAUUGCCUCGACCGAGGUAUCGCCAGGCAACUGGAGUCAUUCAAAUCCGGUUUCUCGAAGGUCUUCCCAAUGGAGAAACUCCAUGCUUUCAGUCCUGAAGAGAUAAGGGCGAUGCUCUGUGGUGAACAAAAUCCACAGUGGACCAGAGAAGAUUUGCUCAAUUACACCGAGCCUAAGUUGGGUUACACAAGAGAAAGUCCUGGAUUCCAGAGAUUCGUGAACGUUCUAGUUUCGUUGACCGGCCCAGAAAGGAAGGCUUUCCUACAAUUCGCGACUGGAUGUUCAGCUUUACCUCCCGGUGGAUUAUGUAAUUUGCAUCCGAGAUUGACUGUGGUGAGAAAAGUGGACGCUGGUUCAGGUGGUUAUCCCUCCGUUAACACCUGUGUUCAUUAUUUAAAAUUACCGGAGUAUCCCACCGAAGAGAUACUUAAGGAGAGACUCUUGGCUGCAACUAGGGAAAGAGGAUUUCAUUUAAAUUAAUCUCGUUUCUGGUCUGGCAAGGAACUGUUUGCGACAAACAGAACCAGAAAAGCACCCGCUCUCGAAGUGUGCGUAUCGAACUUUGCUUCACAGAUUGAAUCGUGUGAUCUAAUGCACGAGAGCAAAGUCUGGCCUUGAUGUUAUUCGAAGAAAAAACCUAAAAUAAUUGUCCAAUAGGAGUCGGUACAGGUUUAAAAGAAUCAGCAUACGACCUGGAACGGAAACGCAUAAUAAAGCGUUUAGAUAUCGCUUAAAUAAAAUAAUAGUUAUCGGCGUAACGUGAAUAGUCUAAGCGUAAUGUUAUGUUUCAAAUUUAGCGUUCAAAUUUGUACGUUUUAAAUGAUCUGUAAUGUAACAAAUAGUAUCAAACUAUGCUGUUCACAACACCUUGUUGUUCGUGUAAUAUCUUUUAAUAAUGAAGCAACCAUUUUUUAAUAUACUACCAUAAUAUUUGCUACAUAAUUACAUCCUGAUUUAUAUAUACAAAUAUGUAUAUCUAACAACGCGUAUAAAUGAGAAACAGGAUCAACUCGAUAAUUUAUCAGAUUUGCCGUAAGUUUUUCGUUCCAGGUGGUGGUCAUAUGAUACGAUGACGAAUUUUGUCCAAUACAAUAGAAAUUGUAUUUUCUCAAGAAAUGUAAUACACACGAGUGUUUUCAAGUAUAUUUGCUGUCCUUGUGGAACAAGAACUUUACAGUUCCUCCAUAUAGAACGAAUGUUCAUACUGUCUUCUUUGUGAAGUAUUGUUGUGCUUGGAAAGUGAUUCAUGUUGUAAGAAAAAGAGGCUCCCUUGAUGAAAAUUUCUAUUUUCUUUAUCAAAAUGCCUCUAACGGUACACAACACACGCGCGUGCGCGCUCGUAUACACAUACACACACGUAUUACACGUACACACGUCGUUAUUGAAACGCACGAAGAACAGUGUAAAUCAAAAUUGCCCUGUGCAAAGUGCUAAGUUUUUUAUUGGUCACAAUGGAAACGAUGUAUUUUAGCAUCUAGACCAAUUUUCACAGCUUCAAAUGUUUGUCCCUUUUAAUCGAAUAUAUCAGCGCAUCACUAACAAAACAGGCAAAGAACAAAAAAAGAGAGAAACAAGGAAAAGUGGAGAAGCGUUUUGACGAAAAGCGUUCACGAAGACUUUGCAAGCUGAGCACUCUGCAUCUUUGUACAAUAUGCUACUUAAUGCUCACUCGAUAAUUAUAAUUAUAGGCGGAAAUCAGUAUCCUUGUAAUAAUAGUGUCUAGAAGAAAAGAUAUGAAAAUAAUAUAAAUGUGAGAAAAGAUUGAUUAAUGAUAUCGAUAUGAGGAAUAGUUACUAUUACUGUAAUAUAAAUUAUUAUUGAUUCUUGGGGAAAAGAAUAAAAGAGAAAAAAAACGUUAUAAAGUAUAA